CAGCAGGAAACGGGAGGGGUCACUGCUGCAGUUCCUGAGAUAUUCCUGCUGUGUUUAGUUUUUCGAUACCUGUUGCCUCAACGAAACCCUUUACCAUACUUUUUUCAUGUCUUUCUGAUAAACUUGGCGCUGCCAAAGUUUAUUUUUAACCUGCUAGUAGUUACUAAAGAGCGAGUCUAGAACAAUCGGAUUGUGCGUGUUGCAUUUUUUGCGAAGUUUUGUCGUUUAGUAGUGGUUGGUUGGUGUGGGUUGGUACCCAUGGGCCGGCUACACGAAAUCGCGUUGACUUUGAGCAGGAGUUCACCGACGGAGCAGUGGGGGUUUAGUUUGGUGGGUGGGUCCGAUGUCAAGACACCCCUCAUCGUCACCAGAGUGGGUUUUGGAUCACCCGUAGAGGGUACACUGCAUAGGGGCGAUAUCAUCACCAAAGUUGGCAGCUAUGAUUCAAGGGACAUUCGUCACCAAGAUGCCCAAAAUUUGUUUAGAAAUGCUGGCAACAACAUUAAAGUGGUAGUUCAAAGGGAAGUCGCCCCCCGCCAACCCCACAGCACCGGCUCAUCCAGGACCGGAUCGGCCCCCUACAGCCCCCUAUCGGUGUCCCCGCACUUGUCUCCCAGAGGGCCAGCAGGCAUGAGCCCCGGUUACAGCCCUGGGGCACCGGCCCUCUCCCCCUACUACUCCUCUCCUAUGACGGCCCUGGAUAGUUACCAUUUCGACGUUAGUGAAUAUGGGGGGGCUAGGAGGAACGAGGGGGAUGGUCAACAAGAACCUCACGUAACUAAACAGCCGUAUCGUACCACCCCGUUGGUGCUCCCCGGUGCCAAAGUAAAACGUGAACCUGGACCAACUGAAAGUUACCUACGUCAUCACCCAAAUCCGUCUUUCAGGGCCCAUCCCCACCAUAUCAUUGACAAUGAUCAUCUUUACAAGCAAAAGGUUGCCAAUUCGGUCUUAGAAAGAAUAUCAACAGGUGACCCAAACAAACAGGUUAUACAUAAUUUGUACAACUCACCAAUUGGGAUGUACAGUGAGAACAACAUUGUCGAUUCUGUUCACAAACAAACUGGCCUAACUCCAGUUCGUAAACACGUAAAAUUCAACCCGGCCGAAAGCGAAACCUACAAAGCAUUGCAAGAGGAAGGCUACGGCGACCAUGUAGAAGAAGGCGUCGCUUCGCAAAGUAAAGUCUAUGUACCAAACAAGAGUGUCCCACCCAAGAAAAACUUGUAUGUAAAUCAGACCCCUGACUACAGAAGCGCCCUAAGGGAGGACCCUGAGACAAUCCAGCAAAGCGGCUCUUUUAAACGCUUGAUGUGGAGCGUACUUCCCGAAUCCCACUAUUAAACACUGCAAAAAUUCACUGAAAAACACUGCGUAUAACGCUGGACCUUAUAAUAUUUCCAACUUGAAAUGCUGUAAGAUCCAAGGUUUAAGUAUUAAGAACGAUUUAUGUAUUCGACGGAUAUUUUAAAAAUGUUCGAAUUUAUUGUUUCACAAAUAUCAAAUGUAUCAAAAGCGGUCGAUCAUGUAUGCAAACACGUAGUAAAACAAUUCUUAACACCUUCGAAGCGUUGGUAAAUUUGGUAGGUAUGACAAAAUAAUAGAUAUAUUUUUUUCAUAAACUUAACAUAUUGCUUAUUUUAUUUAUUGUUUGUUGUUGUGACAUCCUUUUGUUUGCUACACGGGCAAACAAAAUGGAUUUCGUUGUUUUUAUUUUUGAAAAUUUAUUCAAUCGAGUGUAUUCUAGUCAAAAAAUUAUAUUUAGCAGUUAAGAUUUAAAAAAUACCUGUCUAUUUAGGUUAAGAAUAUUAUAAUUUAAGUGUUCCUAAUCUUUGCUGAACGUUAACCUACUUAUUGUCAGCUAAAUAUAAAAAAAACAUGGAAUGUUAAAAGUGUAAUUUUAUUUAUAUUGUACUUAAAAUAAACGAAUAUUUAUUUAAAGAA